GAAGUCGCACUGGUUGAGAAGAAACUAGUGGCGGGAAGAGUAUAUAAACGGCGAGUUUAAGUACAGGCACCAUCAGCAGGGUAAUGCUAUGAAACGUUUGUUUGUUGUGUUGCACCUAUUUAUUUUUGUCAUACGAUAAUAAGAAGAUAUCUCUAAUAACUGGAGCAGGCCAGGCAUGAGUGGCGCACACCUGGACGAAUGGCAGAGGAGGUCCUUUGACAUUUCAUCUGGCAACUGUACACCUGAACAGACGGCCGAUGCCUAUCGGGCCCAUAUCCUCUCCAUUCAGUAUGCAUGGGCAAGCUCCCAGCUCUCUCAGGCCGGCAUGGCCAGCCUGCUCAGGACCUACUCGGAGCGCUAUGCCGCAGUGCUGGACUCGGAUGACCCCCGCACAGGGCUUAACAACUAUGCAGAGAGUGCACUGCAUCUGGCUCGCAGUCAGAGGAACUACAGUGACAAAUGGGAGUCUUGCCUGACUAUGGAGAGUGUGCUGGAGCUGCCCUGCGUGCAGAAGAUGAUUCAGGCAGGGACCUGGGCAGAAAGGUUGCAGGUGGCACCGGGCGAUGUUAACAUAUCUGUGGGGCAAGAGAGCAGAGGCAGUUUUCUGUCUUUAGGACCACCACAGUCUAAAACAGAGGUUAACAGCAUUGCCAGUAAUCCCACUACUAAUAUUACAUCAGAGAGGUCAAGAGGUUCUGAGGGGAUCUUAGGUAAUCCAAAUUCAUUCUCCCGACCUCCACCUCGUCCACAGUCUGUGUUUAGUCAUCCUUCUUCAGUUCCUCCACAGGGAAGUCCUGCUCUUCCAGGGGGCACACAAAAUCAGUCCUCCUUCUUCUCCACCUCCAAUCCAUCUAAGCGGAAGAAUUUCUAUAACACAAAUGGAGGGGAUGGAGUCAGGGGGCAGCAUGGUGGACAAGCAGGCACUGACUCUCAUGCUGGGACGAACUUCAAAACAGCUCGCGAGCAAUUCAUCGUUGAUCAACAGAAAAAACAUUCUCAUCAGCCCCAGAGAGCUCAGCCCAGUGGGAUGGCAGCAGCUGUGAAGAAAUCUCUGGGUGCUAACAGGCCUCGAGGUGCCUUUUCUAAAUUUGUGUCACCUAUUCCACGACAGGAGGAGGAAGAAGGUGGGACGAGCCGCAAUUCCAAUCAGGAACCUCAGAUCCAGGAUGAGCGUCUUAAAAACUUUGAACCAAAGAUUAUCGAGCUGAUCAUGAGUGAGAUCAUGGACCACGGGCCUCCUGUUGCCUGGGAUGACAUAGCAGGCCUGGAAUUUGCUAAAACCACUAUCAAGGAAAUUGUGGUCUGGCCCAUGCUACGACCUGACAUCUUUACUGGCCUCCGUGGUCCACCCAAAGGCAUCCUGUUGUUUGGACCUCCAGGGACUGGAAAAACUCUGAUAGGAAAAUGCAUAGCUUGUCAGUCAGGGGCCACCUUCUUUAGCAUCAGUGCUUCAUCGCUCACAUCCAAAUGGGUUGGUGAAGGAGAAAAAAUGGUGCGAGCCCUGUUUGCCAUUGCCCGCUGCCACCAGCCUGCUGUCAUUUUCAUAGACGAAAUUGACUCAUUGUUGUCCCAGCGGACAGACGGGGAGCACGAUUCAUCUCGUAGGAUAAAGACAGAGUUCUUGGUUCAGCUGGAUGGGGCUGCCACAGCAGCCGAGGACCGCAUCCUGGUGGUGGGUGCCACAAACCGGCCUCAAGAGAUCGACGAGGCUGCCCGACGACGCCUAGCAAAGAGAUUAUACAUCCCCCUGCCCGAGGCAGCAGCCCGACUGCAGAUAGUAGCUAACCUCAUGGCUCGAGAAAAGAACCAGCUGAGAGAGCAAGAGCUGGACAGUGUAAUAACAGCCACUGAGGGCUUCUCAGGGGCUGAUAUGACUCAGCUAUGUAGGGAAGCAGCUCUGGGACCCAUCCGCAGCAUCCAGCUCAGUGACAUCGCCACUAUCACUGCAGAUCAGGUGCGACCAAUCCUCUACAAUGACUUCCAGGAGGCUCUGAAGACGGUACGGCCCAGCGUCUCAUCAAAAGACUUGGAACUGUACGAGGAGUGGAAUAAGACUUUUGGAUGUGGACGUUAAACUUGGCUCCUCAUCCUGAUAAAUGUCUAUGUCUUUUAACGUUGUGGAUCUUGUUUUGAACUGAGUUGAGAUAAAUAUUUUAGCUCUGGAGAUAUCCAUAGAUCUUAACUAUUGUCUUCAUGAAGCACAAAAACCAAAUUGUGUUUAUGCUGAGCCGGUGUUUCUGUUAUUUUGACACUCCUGUGUCCAAUGUUUGUCUCUUUCCAGCCUGAUGUUUUGUUAAAACUACACUUGAAACAAAAAUAAACAUAUCAUAAGUGAACAGCGCCUGAA